CCUCAUUAGUACACGCCGGUGUUCAUAUUUUGUAGUUUGCGGAGAGCUACUAGCUACCUAGCUAGGUAGCUCUAAUUGAUGAUAUAUAGUCAUCAAACGUCAAAUAUUUCUCAAUGUCGUUUUUGUGAAGUGAUAUGAAACGGUGUACAAAAACCCGGUGAAAAGGCUGUCAACAAAGGGCGACUCUAAAGAAGACGGCAAACCUCACAGACCACUAACUGGAUAGUUAGAUCCGCUAGAAGCCCAUGCAGUCGACAGCGGAGACGCUGGAGAAUGCCUCCAUACUGUCGGAGAGCUCGUCACAAGAAGGACAUCGCCUGUGGAUCGGCAACAUCGACCCCAAAAUCACAGAGUACCAUCUUGUGAAGCUCCUGGAGAAGUUUGGGCAGGUGAAGCAGUUUGACUUCCUGUUUCAUAAAUCUGGACCCCUGGAGGGUCAGCCCAGGGGAUAUUGCUUUGUCAACUUCCAGACUAAAGAGGAGGCUGAGCGAGCCAUCCAGUGCCUCAACGGAAAGUUGGCCCUGUCCAAGAAACUGGUAGUACGAUGGGCACAUGCACAGAGGUUUGACCAGUAUAGAGGUGAUAAAACCUUGCCUGCGAGCCUCGAACCCUCAUCCAGUGCAGAGGAGAUGCCCACCUCACUGAGGUUUGUACUGUACACCCCCACUGCCCCUGAAGCAGCCUUCACUUGCGGAGGCACACACAGACAGCGCCUAAAACAGAAGGCCGCCGCUCUAAUGCACAUGGAAUAGGAAGCCGCUGGACCCUGAUAGCCAUUGGGCCAUAACUCAGUAGGUCUCAGGCUUAGCAUU